AUGAAGAAAAGUUAUUUAGAAAGAAAAAAAUAUUCAGUUCAUAAUUUAAUUAAAAUAAUUAAUGAAAGAAAAAGAGAAAAAGAGAGAAAUAAUGAAAAUAUAGAGUCUACAAAAAAAAAAUUAGAAGAUGAAAACAGUAAAAUAUGUAAUAAAAUAGAAAAAAAAAAAGAGAAAAAAGAAAAGGAGGAAUUGAAUUUAGAUAAUAUGAAAAAGGUAGAUAGUUCUAGUCAAUCUAUAAUUGAAUUUGAUGAAAGAAAUGGUUGUACACGUGAAAUUAAUGAUAAAAAAAAACCUAAUUAUGAAAAUGAUAUUAGUGAUGAUAAAGAUGAAUUUACAAAUGAAUCUAAUGAUGAAGAAAACCAGUGUACAAGCGAAUAUAGUGAUAAUAUAAAAAAAGAUAUAGAUGAAAUAAAAUUGUUUAUGAUUGAUUACAAAGAAUGCCAAAAUAAAAAAUGUUCAUGUAAAAAAUUGUAUCGUUUUAAAAAGAUAAAAAAAGUUCAAACAAAUAAAAAAUUUAAGGGGAUAGUAUUAACACCAUUUUGUGAAAAAUAUUUUUCAAUAAAUGAUAAAUAUACUGUUGAAAAAUUUGGAUUAUCGGUAAUUGAUUGCUCAUGGAAAUCAUUAGAUUUAUUAAAAAAAAUAAAAUAUUCUAAUCAAAGAAAGUUACCAUAUAUUAUUGCAGUUAAUAGUAUCAACUAUGGAAAGCCAUACAAACUUUCAUGUUUAGAAUCACUAGCAUUCUGCCUUUAUAUUUGUAAUUAUACUCAGCAAUGCAACGAUAUACUAAACAUUUACAAGUGGAGUAUUAAUUUUACUAAUUUAAACAAAGAGUUACUAGAUAAAUAUAAAUUAUGUAAAAACCAUGAUGAAAUUAAAAAAGCUGAAAGUGAAUUCAUUGAAAAUUAUUUAGAUGAAAAAGAAGAAAAUAAAAAAAUAGAUCAAUACAAAGUUAUUUACGAAGAUAACUAUAUAUAA